GCCAGCACUUUGGAGGCUGCUGCUCUGCCGGCGACUCCGAGGAGUCCUUCAUCUCCCGAACCCUCAGAAGUUGAGCUGAGCAAUUUGGUUUUGAUACUGUGCCAGAAAUCUUCUGACAAUGAGUUACUGGAACUUGGAGAAAAGGAACUGUGUGCAGUACCGCAGGCAUUUUCUGGUGGACAACAGUCUGUUUCACGUUGAAAGAUGCAUGAGUGUAAUGCAGUCCGGGACGCAGAUGAUCAAACUGAAGCGUGGGACCAAAGGGCUCAUCCGGCUCUUUUACCUGGAUGAGCACCGGACCCGCCUCCGAUGGAGACCCUCUAGGAAGAGCGAGAAGGCAAAAAUACUUAUCGACUCCAUUUACAAAGUCACCGAGGGUCGGCAGUCUGAAAUAUUUCACAGACAGGCUGAGGGGAACUUUGAUCCUAGCUGCUGCUUCACCAUCUACCAUGGCAACCACAUGGAGUCCCUGGACCUCAUCACCUCUAACCCUGAGGAGGCCCGCACCUGGAUCACAGGCCUCAAGUACCUGAUGGCCGGCAUCAGUGAUGAGGAUUCCCUUGCCAAAAGGCAGAGGACCCACGACCAGUGGGUGAAGCAGACCUUUGAGGAAGCUGAUAAGAAUGGUGAUGGCUUAUUGAACAUUGAAGAGAUACACCAAUUGAUGCACAAACUAAAUGUCAAUCUGCCCCGAAGAAAAGUCAGACAAAUGUUUCAGGAAGCCGAUACAGAUGAGAAUCAGGGAACUUUGACAUUUGAAGAGUUCUGUGUUUUUUACAAAAUGAUGUCAUUGAGACGGGACCUUUAUUUGUUGCUUUUGAGCUACAGUGACAAGAAAGAUCACCUAACUGUGGAAGAACUGGCUCAGUUUUUGAAGGUGGAGCAAAAGAUGACGAAUGUGACAACAGACUAUUGUAUUGACGUCAUAAGAAAAUUUGAAGUUUCUGAAGAAAAUAAGGCAAAAAAUGUCCUUGGCAUAGAAGGCUUCACGAACUUCAUGCGUAGUCCUGCUUGUGACAUAUUUAACCCACUGCACCAUGAAGUGUACCAGGACAUGGACCAGCCCCUGUGCCACUACUACAUCGCUUCCUCCCACAACACAUACCUGACCGGGGACCAGCUCCUGUCUCAGUCCAAAGUGGACAUGUACGCACGGGUGCUGCAGGAGGGCUGUCGCUGCGUGGAAGUUGACUGUUGGGAUGGCCCCGACGGAGAGCCAGUCGUACACCACGGUUACACGCUCACUUCAAAGAUCCUCUUCAGAGAUGUUGUGGAGACCAUCAACAAGCAUGCCUUUGUGAAGAACGAGUUCCCGGUCAUACUGUCUAUUGAGAAUCACUGCAGUGUCCAGCAGCAAAGGAAAAUUGCUCAGUACCUGAAAGGAAUAUUCCGAGACAAACUCGACCUGUCAUCUGUAGACACAGGAGAGACCAAGCAGCUUCCAAGCCCUCAAAGUUUGAAAGGCAAAAUCCUAGUGAAGGGCAAGAAGUUACCUUAUCACCUUGGAGAUGAUGCAGAGGAAGGGGAAGUUUCUGAUGAAGACAGCGCAGAUGAAAUUGAAGAUGAGUGCAAGUUCAAGCUCCAUUAUAAUAACGGGACCACUGAGCAUCAGGUGGAAUCUUUCAUAAGGAAAAAACUGGAGUCGCUGUUAAAAGAAUCUCAAAUUCGAGACAAGGAAGAUCCUGAUAGUUUCACAGUGAGGGCACUACUGAAGGCCACACAUGAAGGCUUAAAUGCACACCUGAAGCAGCAUCCAGAUGUGAAGGAAAGUGGAAAGAAAACACAUGGACGAUCCCUCAUGACCAACUUCGGAAAAAAGAAAACCACAAAAUCACGGUCUAAAGCUUAUAGUGCUGAUGAGGAGGAGGACGCACAGCAGAAUCCUGGCAAGGAGACCGGCCAGCUGUACAGGUUGGGCCGCCGAAGGAAAACCAUGAAACUCUGUCGAGAGCUCUCUGAUCUGGUUGUGUACACAAACUCCGUAGCAGCCCAGGACAUUGUGGAUGAUGGAACCACAGGAAAUGUGUUAUCAUUCAGUGAAACAAGAGCACAUCAGGUGGUUCAGCAGAAAUCUGAGCAGUUCAUGAUUUAUAAUCAGAAGCAGCUCACGAGGAUUUAUCCUUCCGCCUACCGCAUCGAUUCCAGUAACUUCAACCCUCUGCCCUACUGGAACGCAGGUUGCCAGCUAGUGGCAUUGAACUACCAGUCUGAAGGGCGAAUGAUGCAGUUAAAUCGAGCCAAAUUCAAGACAAAUGGCAAUUGCGGCUAUGUCCUCAAACCCCAGCAGAUGUGCAAAGGUACUUUCAACCCUUUCUCUGGUGAUCCACUUCCCGCCAACCCUAAGAAGCAGUUCAUCCUGAAAGUGAUUAGUGGACAGCAACUCCCCAAACCUCCAGAUUCCAUGUUUGGAGACCGAGGCGAGAUCAUUGAUCCUUUUGUAGAAGUUGAAAUUAUCGGAUUGCCCGUAGAUUGUUGUAAAGAUCAAACUCGCGUGGUAGAUGACAAUGGAUUUAACCCUGUGUGGGAAGAAACCCUCACAUUUACAGUACACAUGCCAGAAAUAGCUUUGGUUCGAUUCCUUGUGUGGGAUCACGAUCCAAUUGGACGAGAUUUUGUUGGGCAAAGAACUGUGACCUUUAGCAGCUUAGUGCCUGGCUAUCGGCAUGUCUAUUUGGAAGGACUGACAGAAGCAUCCAUUUUUGUCCACAUAACAAUCAAUGAAAUCUAUGGAAAGUGGAGCCCUUUAAUACUCAACCCCAGUUACACUAUAUUGCACUUUCUAGGAGCUACAAAGAACAGACAGCUCCAAGGUCUGAAGGGGCUGUUCAAUAAGAAUCCCAGGCACAGCUCUUCAGAAAACAGUUCCCAUUAUGUUCGGAAGCGAUCGAUUGGAGAUAGGAUUCUGCGACGCACAGCCAGUGCUCCAGCCAAAGGCAGAAAAAAGAGCAAAAUGGGCUUCCAAGAAAUGGUAGAGAUAAAGGAUUCUGUGUCUGAGGCUGCAAGAGAUCAAGAUGGGGUCCUGAGAAGGACCCCACGGAGUUUGCAAGCACGCCCUGUCUCUAUGCCUGUUGACAGAAGUCUUCUGGGGGCUCUGUCGCUGCCUAUAUCCGAAACUGCAAAAGACACAGAAGGAAAAGAGAACUCUCUGGCAGAAGAUAAGGAUGGCAGAAGAGAUGGGAAGGCAAGUAUAAAAGACCAACAUUUUCCAAAUUUCAGCAAAAAGUUAUCUGCUUCCUCCAACGCUCUCCUCCACAAAGACAUCAGCCACGGGGACUCUGCUGUUUCUACCGCCAACUUGUCAAUCACAGAACAGUUGGUACCAGGUCCAAAGGGUGGGAGAACCAAAUCAAAUGUGUCAAGUGAUCGCCAGGAACAUCAGUGCACCAACAAAUCCCUCUCCCCAAGGCAGCAUUUGGCUUGUGACCCUGCAGUUAGCCUAACACAAGAUCUGUGUGGUGUGAAAACCAAGGAAAACGGGAAUUCUGGGGGCUUCAUGGUAGGGAAAAGCGCAUUGUCAGGAAGCAUCCUUUCUCAAAGCAAUCUGGAGAUUAAGAAGCUGGAAGGUAAUUGGGAUAAGGGCAGAGCUGCAACAUCCUUUUCUUUGUCAGACGUCUCUACGCUCUGUUCUGACAUACCUGACUUACAUUCCACUGCAAUUCUCCAGGAGAGUGAAAUUUCCCAUCUUAUUGAUAAUGUCACUUUGACAAAUGAGAAUGAGCCUGGCAGUUCCAUCUCAGCACUGAUUGGCCAGUUCGAUGAGACCAGCGACCAGGUUAACACCACAGUUGUGUCUCAUCUUCAGAGCCCCAGUGUGAUAGCGGGCCAUCCUCCCUUGCCUACCAUGGACCUAAAAAUGCCCUUCAAGCAUGGCCUUUCCAGUGGAAAACCCAAGCCAUCCUUCCUGUGCUCAUCUCCUGAGCAGAUUGCAUUCUUGGGGCACGAGAACUCUGAAUGCUCAACACAUGCAGCUGUUUGUGAAACUAUCUGCACUCCUGUCUCUAAAACUAAAGCAGAUGAUGACCGUUCUGGGAAGACCAAGACAGGGGCCAUGGAACACGAUCUGCCUCUGUCCUCUAAUAAUCCUCACUGCUGGUUACCAAAAAGCCCCACCCACAAAAAAGACUGGGAAAUACUGAAGAACCACAGCCCUGCCACUUCCACUGACUUGACACUGAAAGAUGUAAUAGUGGAUCCCAAUCUCUGUUUAAAUUCUGGGGAGAGCAGUCUCGUGGAAAUGGAUGGAGACUCCCAAAGUCUGCCUUUAACAACCUAUGGAUAUAGGAGAGAGGGCACAAGUCACCUCACUUCUCCUUUAAAACUGAAAUACAGUCAGGAUGUGGUGGUGGAACAUUUUCAAAGAGGCUUGAGAAAUGGCUACUGUAAAGAGACUCUCCACUCUUCGGUCUCUGAAAUAUUCAACAGUAGUAUUCAGGAUGUCAAAAAUCAAAAUAUUUCUCGUCUAGCCUAUCCGGGUGCUGGUUUUAUGCAUAACCAUUUCUCAGAUUCAUAUGCAAAAAAGAACCAGACCCCUGAGCCCCUGUCUAGCGUUCAAGACAUGCAUGAUCCUGCCCCCGAGCGGUCCACACACCCUCCUCUGCCUGCUCUGAAGCUGCCCAGUCCUUGCAAAUCCAAAAGUCUGGGGGACUUAACAUCAGAGGACAUCGCCUGUAAUUUUGAAAGCAAGUACCAGUGUAUUAGUAAGAGCUUUGUUACAACUGGCAUCAGAGACAAGAAGAGCGUAGCUGUGAAAACAAAGUCGUUAGAGCCUAUAGAUGCCCUGACCGAACAGCUGCGGAAGCUUGUGUCCUUUGACCAGGAAGACGGCUGCCAAGUGCUGUAUUCCAAGCAAGAUGUCAAUCAGUUCCCCAGGGCACUGGUCAGAAAGUUGUCAUCCAGAAGUCAGAGCAGAGUGCGCAAUAUUGCCAGUCGCGCCAAGGAAAAGCAGGAAGCCAACAAGCAGAAAAGUGUGAACCCCAGCCCUGUGGGAGGAGUGGUUCUUCGAAGCAAACCCUGCGCGCCGGCGCCCGCGGGGAACCGGCACUCCACCGGCUCGUACAUCGCCGGCUACUUGCGGAGCGCCAAGGGCGGCUGCGGCGUGGAGGGCCGCGGUAUCCCCGAGGGCGCGUGCGCAGCCCUGCGCUCCGGGCAUGCAGACCAGUUCUGUUCACAUCAUUCCGUUUUGCAGACCGAGCCGAGCAGUGAUGAUAAACCAGAAAUUUAUUUCCUUUUGAGACUGUGA